GUGGCCGUUUCUACACAAUAAUGAAAAAAGACAACGUGGCUCCCUUCUUGCCGAGGUGAGUCGUUUGCUGUCGAAUAGCUACUCGUUCACUUUGUUCAGGUCUUUUGCCGGAUUAGCAUAGACUUUUGAUUUCUUGGUCCAAUUUAUUAAAAACUCGUUAAGCCAAUAAAACAGCCAUGGGUAAGGAAAAGAUCCAUAUUAACAUUGUGGUCAUUGGUCACGUCGAUUCUGGCAAGUCCACCACCACCGGUCAUUUGAUCUACAAAUGCGGCGGUAUCGACAAGCGUACCAUUGAAAAGUUCGAAAAGGAAGCCCAAGAAAUGGGUAAGGGUUCCUUCAAGUACGCAUGGGUUUUGGAUAAAUUGAAGGCUGAACGUGAACGUGGUAUCACCAUCGAUAUUGCUUUGUGGAAGUUCGAAACCUCCAAAUACUAUGUCACCAUCAUUGAUGCUCCCGGUCACAGAGAUUUCAUCAAGAACAUGAUCACUGGUACCUCUCAAGCUGAUUGCGCUGUAUUGAUUGUUGCUGCCGGUACUGGUGAAUUCGAAGCCGGUAUCUCCAAGAACGGUCAAACUCGCGAACACGCUUUGUUGGCCUUCACCUUGGGUGUCAAGCAAUUGAUUGUCGGUGUCAACAAGAUGGAUUCUUCUGAACCACCUUACAGCGAGUCCCGUUAUGAGGAAAUCAAGAAGGAAGUCUCCUCCUACAUCAAGAAGAUCGGUUACAACCCCGCUGCUGUUGCCUUCGUCCCCAUCUCCGGCUGGCACGGUGAUAACAUGUUGGAAGCUUCCACCAACAUGCCCUGGUUCAAGGGAUGGAAGGUCGAACGUAAGGACGGUAACGCUGACGGUAAGACCCUCAUCGAAGCCUUGGACGCUAUCUUGCCCCCAUCCCGUCCCACAGACAAGCCCUUGCGUUUGCCCUUGCAAGAUGUUUACAAAAUCGGUGGUAUCGGCACAGUACCCGUCGGUCGUGUCGAAACUGGUGUCUUGAAGCCCGGUACCGUUGUUGUCUUCGCUCCCGCUAACAUCACCACUGAAGUCAAGUCCGUAGAAAUGCACCACGAAGCUCUCGUUGAAGCUGUUCCCGGUGACAACGUUGGUUUCAACGUUAAGAACGUCUCCGUCAAGGAAUUGCGUCGUGGUUACGUCGCUGGUGACUCCAAGGCUAGCCCCCCCAAGGGUGCUGCUGACUUCACCGCUCAAGUCAUCGUCUUGAACCACCCUGGUCAAAUCUCCAACGGUUACACUCCCGUUUUGGAUUGUCACACCGCUCACAUUGCUUGCAAAUUCGCCGAAAUCAAGGAGAAGGUCGAUCGUCGUUCCGGUAAGACCACCGAAGCCGAACCCAAAUUCAUCAAGUCUGGUGAUGCCGCCAUCGUCACCUUGGUCCCCUCCAAGCCUUUGUGCGUUGAAGCCUUCCAAGAAUUCCCCCCCUUGGGUCGUUUCGCUGUCCGUGAUAUGAGACAAACCGUCGCCGUCGGUGUCAUCAAGUCCGUCAACUUCAAGGAUCCCUCAAGCGGAAAGGUCACCAAGGCCGCCGAAAAGGCCGUCAAGGGCAAGAAGUAGCUGCUUUACUCCAAACAACAACAAUUAACAAAAACUCAAUCAGUAAAUUGCAUCUUUUCCACUGAACUACUACUACCAACAGCCAGUAGCAGCAAUAUCAACAACAAUAUUAAUAGACGUACCACAUCUACUACUACUACCAACAACAAUGUAAAGAUGUUCCAGCAUAAGCUAAUUUUAACAGUUAAAGAAAAGUUUAACUGCUUUCAUCGCAAAGAGUUUCGCAGGAAACGAAUGCUGUUGUCCUCUCUUCUACUAUUUUGAACAAAAAACCAAA